CACGGUCUUCAUAGUCAUCGAGGUUGGCGGUUCGCAACCCCCACACAUUCAUUCAUACAUAACGCAUUGCACUCCAAAUUAGGUUAAAUUUGGUAAUCCUUCAUUUGCUUUCUUUUCUUGGGAUCAAAGAGAAGAGAAUUUGGGAGAUUCAGAUCUGCUUGCGUCUCUGAGAGAGAAGAAAGAGAUUUUCGGAAAUGGCGACGGUGUCCCCUCUCGCCAAAUACAAGCUCGUUUUCUUGGGCGAUCAAUCCGUCGGGAAAACCAGCAUCAUCACCCGCUUCAUGUACGACAAAUUCGACACCACCUACCAGGCAACCAUUGGUAUUGACUUUUUGUCAAAAACAAUGUACCUGGAAGAUAGAACUGUUCGCUUGCAGCUUUGGGAUACUGCCGGGCAAGAAAGAUUUAGAAGUCUGAUUCCAAGCUACAUAAGAGAUUCUUCUGUUGCAGUUAUAGUAUAUGAUGUUGCUAACAGGCAAUCAUUUCUGAACACUAACAAGUGGGUUGAGGAGGUCCGCACAGAACGUGGCAGUGAUGUUAUUAUUGUCUUGGUUGGAAACAAAACUGAUCUUGUUGAUAAAAGGCAAGUUUCAAUAGAAGAAGGAGAUGCAAAGUCCCGUGAGUUUGGAAUCAUGUUCAUAGAAACCAGUGCAAAAGCAGGCUUCAAUAUCAAGCCUUUGUUUCGUAAGAUUGCUGCUGCCCUGCCAGGGAUGGAAACUCUUUCUUCCACAAAGCAGGAAGACAUGGUCGAUGUAAAUUUAAAGCCCACAGUGAAUUCAUCCCAGGCAGAGCAGCAAGGAGGAGGUUGCUCCUGCUAGAGAAGACUAUCUCAAAAGUGCCAAUAGUAAGUAGUUCACCGAAUAUGAUUCUGGGAUUGGCUGAUUAAAUGGUUAAUGCUGGUGCUGGAGGAAGCGUGCUUUCGUAGCAAUGAUCAUUCAGUUUUUGGGUGGGGGGACAAAUUACAGUAGUGGUUUUGAUGUACGAACGUUGUUCUUUUUAUUUGUUAUACAAUUAGUCCCGUGAUGUUAGAAUACAGAUAAUAAACAAGCUCGCUCAAUCCGUCAUAGGUUUAUGGUUAUACUGUAGAAAUGCAUAGCUUGUGCCGAAGGCAAGACAAGACGUAUGUAACCCUCCAUCUGGCCCUUGUUCUUUUUGAGGCAUGGAUGGUCAUCCAAAGCAGAGUUGAUUGGUUUGUAGAGUCAAUUUGGAUCUUUUUAACUGAGACCCUACUGUUAGAAUUCCCUUGUUGAA